AAUACCAAAUGAAUGCGCCCAUUCCUGAAUGGUUCAAUGAACUAAAAAAUCUAAAGAACCUUUUACUCAAAGGUUGCAUGCUGGGACCAAUCCCUGUAGCUCUUGGAGGAUUGUCUUCCUUGCAAUCUUUAGAUCUCAGUGGCAAUCAGUUGAAUGGGAGUAUCCCUGCAGCUCUUGGAGGAUUGUCUUCCUUGCAAUCUUUAGAUCUCAGUGAGAAUCAGUUGAAUGGGAGUAUCCCUGCAGCUCUUGGAGGAUUGUCUUCCUUGCAAUAUUUAUAUCUCAGUGGCAAUCAGUUGAAUGGGAGUAUCCCUGCAGCUCUUGGAGGAUUGUCUUCCUUGCAAUCUUUAGAUCUCAGUGGCAAUCAGUUGAAUGGGAGUAUCCCUGCAGCUCUUGGAGGAUUGUCUUCCUUGCAAGUUCUAGAUCUCAAUAGCAAUCAGUUGAAUGGGAAUAUCCCAACAACUUUAGGACAACUUUCUAACUUGUCUAGUCUUGACCUCUCUUACAACUCCUUGACAGGAAACGUGUCUGAAACUCAUUUUGAAAACCUCAAAAAGUUGGACGAGUUAGAUUUGUCUUUUAAUUCUUUGGCUUUCAAUCUACACCCUCAUUGGGUCCCUCCAUUUCAGCUUUCUAUCAUUUUUCUACAAUCUUGUCAUUUAGGUCCUCAAUUUCCUCCCUGGCUACAAUCACAAAAACAUAUAGUGCGCUUGGAUCUCUCUAACACAUCCAUCUCUGGCAUCAUCCCCACCUGGUUUUGGGAUUUAACACCCCAACUUUCUUCACUAAACCUCUCAAAUAACGAGAUUUCUGGCCAAUUGCCCAACCCUCUAAAAAUGAUAUUUGAUCCCCGCAUUGAUUUGAAUUCGAAUCAUUUCAGUGGUCCCAUACCUUGCAUAUUGAAUGGAGCUGACGUACUUGAUCUCUCCAACAAUCAAUUUUCUGAGCCAAUCCCACCCAAUUUUACAUCCACAAUGCACUAUUUACAAGUCUUUUCUGCCAGAGGUAACCAAAUCAGUGGCAUAAUUCCCUCAUCCAUAGGCAAAAUGAUGUUUCUUUCUAUCCUUGAUCUUUCCCAUAACAAAAUAAGUGGCAUAAUUCCGUCAUCCAUAGGCAAAUUGAAGUCUCUUGUUGUCCUUGAUCUUUCCCAAAACAAAAUAAGUAGCACCAUCCCAUUAAGAUUGGGUGAUUGUGUGGACCUCCAGGUACUUGAUUUGAGCAAGAACCAUUUAUCAGGAAGAAUUCCCACAUCUUUGGGUCUGCUAUAUCAACUUCAAACAAUGCACUUGAGCAACAAUAGCCUAUCAGGAAAAGUUCCUUCAACUUUGAAGAAUUGUACUCUUUUGGAGACUCUCGACCUCGGACAGAACAAUUUCUCAGGUCAUAUUCCCACUUGGAUUGGCAAAAGCUUCCCGAUUUUAAGAAUUCUGAAUUUACGAUCCAAUAUGUUUACUGGCAACAUCCCACCACAAUUGUUAAACAUAACUUCUCUUCAGGUCCUUGAUUUGGGACAAAAUUGUUUAUCUGGUUCAAUUCCUCAAAGUCUUCAGAAUCUCGCGGCCAUGAAGAAUGAGCAGAAGACAAACAACUUUCCAUUAAAUGGAACAGAAUCUUAUUACGAGGAACACUUGGUUGUGUCGACAAAGGGGCAAACGCUUGAAUACACAAGAAUAAUUUCACUGGUUACAUGCAUGGACCUUUCAAGCAAUAACUUAUCUGGAGAGAUUCCUGAAGGACUCACAAGUCUUUUGGGACUGCGUUUCUUAAACUUAUCUGGAAACCACUUGACCGGAAAGAUCCCAGACAAGAUUGGUAAAUUGGCAUUGCUAGAGUCUCUUGAUUUAUCCAAAAAUCAGCUUUCAUGUACAAUUCCUCCGAGCAUGUCAAAUUUAACUUUUCUAAGUUACUUGAACUUGUCGAAUAACAACUUGUCGGGAAAAAUUCCAUCCGGAAAUCAGCUCCAAACAUUUCAAGAUCCUUCUAUUUAUAUGGGCAACAACAAUCUCUGUGGACCUCCUCUUCCAGAUAAGUGUGAUAGUGAUGAGACAUCUCAAAGUCCAAUGCCUGUUGGUGGUGAUGUAAAAAAAGAUGAUGGAGCGCAUGAAAUGGUUUGGUUUUACUCUGCGUUGGGACCAGGAUUUGCUGUGGGGUUUUGGGCCUUCUGUGGCGUUUUAGUGCUCAAGAGAGCUUGGAGGAUUGCCUAUUACUGUUUCGUUGAUGAGAUGAAAGAAAGACUUCUCGACAGCUGUCGCUUUGCAAGAUGUUAGAUUGAAGAAGUUACUUGGAAACGAAGGUCAUGAAUAAUGAAUAAUUGUUUGCUACCUA